AUGCCACUGCAGGGACUAGCAUCUAGCGUUUAUCCUUUGGUUCAUUAUCUGCUAUCGCUCCGAAGCGCUCCUGGGCAGCUACUGUCAACGAACCAACCUAGAUAUCCUACUAUUAUCGCCAUGGCUGAACAGCCGCCCGAUUACAAGAAGCUGUUUCUCGAAGAACAACGCAGGCGCGAAGCAGCAGAGGAGGCCCAGAAGGAAGAGCAACGAAAACGCGAACAGGUAGAAGAGAGAAUCCGCAAGACCACGCUCCCCGAGUUCCUCGACGCUUGCCACAAUUACCUUCACUCAGGUCUCACCAUCCAAACCGAUGCGACCUUGUCAACACGGGGCGACCCUGCAAAUGCGAAUAACAAACUUCGGCCCGAGAGAAUCUGCGAAUGGGAAGACUUUCCGGCACGUCAGGAAGCAAUUUGGAAUAACCUUAUGAAGUCGGCAUUUGUCUCAGAGCAAUUCUUCACUUCAGUACACACCUUACAAGAGUCCGGGGACGCGGUUCGACAAAGGAUGCUGAGCUCAGAGCUUGACCUACACCUCUUUCAGCGGUCUACUGUCGAGGACCCCGUGUCUUUGAUUGUUAAACAACUGUACAACAGCCGAGCGCUUCGACGGAAGUUUGGGUUGCACGGGUCCAUAAGUUUUGAGAAUCAUGCCAACACCCUUACUCCAGACUUGCUAGUGAACAGCCUAGAGCAAAUAUCUGUGUCUAGCAAUCGACGGCGACGGUCACCACGCUUGUUAGCUAAGGAGCUGCCCGGUCCAUCAGAGCCCUCGGUGGCGGCACAACGUUCAGAAACAGCACGAUCCUCCCGUCCCCGCGCGGAUCAGUUCUGCGUCUACAACACCAGCACUCAGAAUCAAGAGAAUCGGAUUCCAGCCUUCAUUAUGGAAUACAAGGCCCCCCACAAGCUACCGCUUAGUUACAUAUGCGAGGGUCUCGAAGAUAUGGAGCUUGCGGAGGUGAUACGAUGUGGUGAGGUCGAUGCUCCAAAGGAUCGCUUUCGCCGCCUCGUUGCUGCAGUCAUUACGCAGGCAUUCUCUUAUAUGGUCAGGAUUGGGGUAGAGUUUGGUUGCGUGUGUACUGGCGAAGCGUUCGUGUUCUUGCGGGUGCCCGAUGAUCCUAGGACGGUCUACUACUUCCUAUCCGUCCCAAAGGGUGACGUUGGAGCCACUACUGGAUGGACACCGGAUCUGGAUAGCGUGAAUCGCUUGCACCUGACAGCUGUUGGGCAGAUGCUAGCAUUCACUCUUCAGGCGCUGAAGACGCCCCAGCGGGGCCAGCAGUGGAGGGUCCAAGCCGCCAAUCAGCUGAUCACCUGGGAGGUCGUGUAUGAGGACCUGCUGGAUACCAUACUUCCAGAAGACGUAGCAUCCUCAGAGUACCAACCACCUCGACAUAGCUAUUUUCUGCGCAUGUCUCCUGUCCGGCUGCGACGGAGGCCAGGCCAGACCAGCUCUCCUAGCUGCGAGCAGCCACAGGAUCCAUCUAGCCCCAGUGACGAGGACCCCGAUCCAGAUACUCCGAGCCAACGCAGACGUCCCCUCCAAGCUCAGCCGCUUGCCCCAACCACGGCUCGCAGCUCGUCUGAUCGUCAUGCGCCCCAAGCAGCUCAGGAUGGACAGUAUUGCACACAGAACUGUUUGCGUGGAUUGGUUGAAGGUGGUCCACUCGAUAUGCAGUGUCCCAACAUUGAUCAAACUGACUUUCUUGCUCGUAUCCGCCAGCAACUCUCCAGCGACCUUGAUACCAACUGCCAGCCUGUGAGUCUGCCUGGAGCAUGCGGCGUCUUAUUCCGGUGUACUCCUAUCGACUUCGUCCAUCGUCUUGAACGGGAGGCUACUGUCUACGAACUUCUCCGUCCAGUCCAGGGAAUCCAUGUGCCAGGCAUUUGCGAACUUGUUCACAUGAUGUUCCUUAGCUUUGGAGGAAGGCUUAUCUCCAAGCACCUUACAAGCGAGAACAUAGCUGAUGUUACUAAGAACCUUAUGCCUCGGAAUAUGUUAUGGAGUGUGGAGACGGUGGUGAAGCAACGAACUAGGAAACAAGAAACUUCUAAAUUUGCGCGGGAAAGACAAAGGAUGGCUACUGAAAUACGCAGCCUAGCCUUAGGAUAGCAAGUAUACUCUUU